AUGUCCAGGAGGGUUAGAUACGUUGAAAUAAGAGAAGACUGUGAACAUUGUAUGGAGUGUGAGUUGUGUCAAGGAUACUAUACCAACAUUGAAGUUUGUGAAUGCUGUGAAUGUGAUAAUUACGGAAACUCAUGUAACUUGAGAUUUGAGAAUUUUAAAAGACCAGAAUUAGAGAAUAAUGGAGUAUAUAGACAAAAUGGACUAGAUUGUGGAUGUAAAAGGGUAGAAUUUCAAGAGGAGGGAAAAAUGUGUAGGAUUUCAAAUUUAAAAAAUCAAGUAAAAAACAAGCCCCUAAGAUUUUGUAAAAGAGAAGUAAGUUGUCUGAUGAAGAAAUUAAAUAAUAUCAUAUCGGUGUUUCCUCUUUCGAGAGGAUGUGAAGAUACUGAAAUAAUUGCCAAGCCUAUAAAGGCUGGAUAUAGACCUGCAAAUCAUCUUAAAGAAAAAGUACCAGUAAUCAAAAUAUCAACGCCUAGAAUAAAUAGACAAAAUAGAAUUAGAUAA